CCAACCUCUUGUCCAAGCAAACCAAGGCAGACACCUCUAAAUCUUUGAAGAUCUUUUGUCUGUUCUCAAACCCAAACAAUGGUGCUCUCUAAAAUUUUUUCCCAGUCCGAUGUCUCUAUGCACUCCACCUUCGCCUCUCGCUACGUCCGAGAGUCGCUGCCAAGGUACAAGAUGCCGGAGAACUCGAUACCGAAGGAGGCAGCGUUCCAGAUCAUAAACGAUGAGCUGAUGCUUGACGGGAAACCGAGGCUGAACUUGGCAUCUUUCGUGACUACUUGGAUGGAGCCUGAAUGUGAUAAGCUUAUUAUGGACUCUAUCAACAAAAACUAUGUUGACAUGGACGAGUACCCCGUUACCACCGAGCUUCAGAAUCGCUGUGUGAACAUGAUAGCACACCUUUUCAAUGCUCCCUUAGGGGAGUCUGAGGCUGCUGUCGGGGUUGGCACUGUAGGGUCAUCAGAGGCAAUAAUGCUGGCAGGCCUUGCAUUCAAGAGAAAGUGGCAGAACAAGCGCAAGGCCGAAGGGAAACCCUGUGACAAGCCUAACAUUGUCACUGGUGCCAAUGUUCAGGUAUGCUGGGAGAAAUUUGCAAGGUACUUUGAGGUAGAACUGAAGGAAGUGAAGCUGACCGAGGACUACUAUGUAAUGGACCCAGCCAAAGCCGUGGAACUGGUGGAUGAGAACACAAUCUGUGUUGCAGCCAUCUUGGGUUCUACACUCAAUGGAGAAUUUGAAGAUGUCAAGCUUUUGAAUGAUCUUUUGCUUGAAAAGAACAAAAUCACUGGAUGGGAUACCCCAAUUCAUGUUGAUGCAGCUAGUGGUGGAUUUAUUGCACCAUUCCUGUGGCCAGAGCUUGAAUGGGAUUUCAGACUUCCAUUAGUGAAGAGCAUAAAUGUCAGUGGCCACAAGUAUGGCCUUGUCUAUGCUGGAGUUGGGUGGGUUAUUUGGAGGAGCAAGGAAGACUUGCCAGAGGAACUUAUCUUCCACAUAAACUACCUUGGAUCCGAUCAACCCACUUUUACUCUUAACUUCUCAAAAGGUUCUAGUCAAAUCAUUGCUCAGUACUACCAACUAAUCCGCCUGGGCUAUGAGGGGUACCGAAAUGUGAUGGAUAACUGUCAUGAUAAUGCUAUGGUGCUAAAAGAAGGACUGGAGAAAACAGGGCGCUUUAAGAUUGUGUCAAAGGACAUUGGGGUGCCUCUCGUAGCCUUUUCACUCAAGGACCAAAACCGGGGACACAACGAGUUUGAAAUAGCAGAAACGCUACGUCGCUUUGGCUGGAUUGUGCCAGCCUACACCAUGCCAGCAGAUGCGAAGCACAUUACCGUGCUUCGUGUUGUUAUCAGAGAAGAUUUCUCCCGCACCCUUGCUGAGCGACUUGUGCUUGACAUAACGAAGGUUAUGCAUGAACUUGAUGCCCUCCCUGCGAAACCCUCAUCUAAAAUGUCUAUCAAUGGUAACGAGAAUGGAAAGAUUAGUGGCUCUCUAGAAGGAAAGAAUGGCACUGUGGUCAAGAAAACAGCCAUGGAGACGCAAAGGGAAAUCACUACUUACUGGAAAAACUUUGUCAUGGCCAAGAAGUCCGACAAAAAUAAAAUAUGUUAGAUCUGCCUAGCUACUGCGUAGCUACAAAUUACAAUUUUCAUUGAGAAGGAUCCCUUUUUAAAUUUCUCAUGCUUUUUUUUAACUGACAUGAUAAAAUUGUUUGGUCUAAAUAUUUAGUCCUGUUUCUAGCCCUUCAUUUUUCCACGAAGGGAGUUUGUAAACCUUUACGGCUACUCUUUACCUGCAGUAUUCUACUAUUGCUUAAUUGCUUUAGUAUUUGAUCCGUCGAUUCACUUCAA